AUAACGAUACACUACAUUACAUACAUUAGUCAUGACCUAGAAAGUUGCCAACACAGAUAACGAAUUGAGAAUAACUAUUUUAUAAGGAAGGCAGUUACUAUUAGCAACAAUUAAAGAUGAAGAAGUAUAUGGCAGCAUGGGGUGCUAUGUUCUUUUGUGUGAUUUGUCUAUCUUUAUACUUGAUGCUUGAGACAUUAAAUACAUCUCCAAACAGAUAUAAUGAUGUUGACUCCGAAUCGUUGUUAAACUUUGAGAAGAAGAUAAAUGGUAUAGAACAAGACAUCAAGAAGAAUCAAGAAGUUAUAGACCAGAUAAAAGCUGCAGUAAAAGAUGUAUCCAAUGGCAAACAGGAGAGCAUUGAUAAACUUCAGAAAGUUUUGAAUUCUCAAAAUGUAAGACUGAAAGAAAACAAGGACAAACUACAACAAUUACAACAAGUUGGUAAAGACAAAGAGAAUGUAGUAGUGAUGGAAAAACCAAAGAUCCCCAAAGCUUCAAACACAGGAGAGAAGUUUGAUAAGAGUUCAUGGCAAGGUAGUUUUGCUCCGUUAAGGGCGGCGGUGUCGGUAUCGGAGAAUAUGUGCUCAUGGACGGAUGCUCCCACGAAACUUCCAGACAUCCAGAUGGAGGAGAUAAUAAAACAGUUACCGUUUGACAAUCCUGAUGGAGGUGCCUGGAAACAAGGCUGGAAAGUGGAAUAUGCGGCUAACCAUUGGAAUGCUGGGAAUAAACUCAAUGUGUUUGUUGUACCCCAUUCUCAUAAUGAUCCAGGCUGGGUGAAGACAUAUGAGAGGUAUUAUCAGGACCAGACAAAACACAUAUUUGAUAACAUGCUGGCCAAACUGGAACAAUACCCCAACAUGAAGUUCAUGUAUGCUGAAAUAUCAUUCUUUCAUAUGUGGUGGAAUGAAAUAAACCUAGAUAAAAAGAAAAGAGUGAAAAAGUUGAUAGACGAUGGUAGGCUAGAGAUUAUUACAGGAGGCUGGGUCAUGAACGAUGAGGCCAAUACACAUUACUUUGCGAUGCUCGAUCAACUCUUAGAAGGUCAUCAGUGGCUUGACGGCACUUUGGGGGUGAAGCCGUCAGCGGGCUGGGCUAUCGAUCCGUUUGGACACACACCGACGAUGGCGUACUUGUUACGGAGGUCCGGUCUAAAUAAUAUGCUUAUACAGAGGGUACACUAUGCUGUCAAAAAAUAUCUCGCCAAAAAUAAAAACCUUGAGUUCAUGUGGAGACAAACAUGGGAUCACCAUGGAAACACGGACAUGUUGUGUCACAUGAUGCCAUUCUACUCGUACGACGUUCCCCACACUUGCGGUCCCGAGCCUGCCAUUUGCUGCCAGUUUGAUUUCCGACGGCUACCUGGUAGUUCCUAUUCCUGUCCCUGGAAAAUUCCGCCACAAGAAAUUAGCAAUGUAAAUGUUGCUGAAAGAGCCAAGACGAUUAUUGACCAAUGGAAGAAGAAGGCAACAUUGUACCGCAGUAACUCGGUGUUUGCACCAUUAGGAGAUGAUUUCAGGUACGACAAACCGGAUGAAUGGGAUCUCCAGUACAACAACUACGAGAAACUGUUUGAAUAUAUCAAUUCCCACCCUGAGCUUGGAGUACAGGCUCAGUUUGGUACCCUGUCCGAUUACUUUAAUUCAAUAUACAAGGAAUUUGAUGUGAAGCCGGGAGAAAAACCAGGUCCGAUGAAAACUUUGUCGGGAGAUUUUUAUACGUAUGCUGACAAGGAUGAUCACUAUUGGAGCGGAUAUUUCACGUCACGACCAUUCCAGAAAAACCUUGACAGAGUUAUGGAAAGCAAUAUAAGAGCUGCAGAGAUUUUGUUUUCCAUGGCAACAGCAACGGCUAGGCGUAAAAGUCACUCAAAUUUUCCACAGACUGUGUUUAUGGACAAGUUAAUACAGGCACGUAGAAAUCUUGGGUUGUUCCAGCAUCAUGAUGGUAUUACAGGCACUGCUAAAGAUUUUGUUGUUGUUGAUUAUGGAAACAGAUUGUUGAAGUCAUUACGAGAUUGUAAGCUGAUAAUAAAAGAAUGUGCCACAUACAUCUCCAUGGAUACCAAAACUGAGUACAGUUAUAACGAGAAUGCUCCCUGGUUUAAUGUUGAUGAGAGCAGGGAAACACAUGAUGCAUUACCUGUGAAAUCUGUGAUUGAUCUAGGGGAGGAAUCUGAUACUUCACCAAGACCCGUGAUGUUCUACAAUUCUUUGGCUCAGAGCCGGGAACAAGUAGUAAAGAUUUACGUGAGUUGUGCCGACGUUGUUGUCAUGGAUACGGAGGGAUCAGUUGUGCUGAGUCAGGUGGAACCAUUCUGGGACGAAGCAGAUAAAAUAUCGAAAUCAAAAUUCAAGGUAUCGUUCAGGCUCACAAUACCAGCGCUUGGUAUUGUAAAAUAUACAGUUCAGCGUGUUCCAGCCAACUCUAACCCGAAAAAUGUUCCCGUUUCUGUACUUGUGUUUAACUCGGACAGUUCAACAAUAUUACAGUCGCAUCCAUUUUCUAUAGCUAAAGCUGUAGGUUCAGAUAUUACACUGGAGAAUCCAUACCUCAAGGCAACUUUCUCAGGAUCUAACGGAUUAUUAAAGUCAGUUGUCACUAAGGAGAAUGGUGUAGAACAUAAUACACGGCUAGAGUUUGUUACGUACGGAACGAAACCACACAGCGGCGAUAGAAGUGGCGCCUACCUGUUCUUACCUGACGGACAGGCUAAGACGUAUUCUGGUAAAAGUCCUCCAGUUGUGAACAUUAUACAGGGUCCUAUAGCAUCAGAAGUUCGUGUUUACUUUGAGUUAGUCACUCACGUUGUACGACUUUAUAACUCAUCAGGUAUUGAUGGAAUAUCACUUGAUAUGCAGAAUAUCGUGGAUAUAACAUCAGAGCGGAAUGUAGAGAUAGCUGUCAGGAUUCACACCGAUGUACAAAACAAUGAUGGUGAAUUCUACACUGACUUAAAUGGGUUCAUGAUGCAGAAACAUACAACAUAUGACAAGCUAACAUUACAAGGCAAUGUAUAUCCAAUGCCAACGAUGGCUUUUAUUGAGGAUGACAAACACAGAUUUAGUAUAUUGUCUGCAAACUCUCUCGGUUUUUCAAAUCUUAAACCAGGUAUAAUGGAUGUAUUUUUGGAUCGUAUGUUAAACCAAGAUGAUAGUCGAGGUCUUGGUCAGGGAGUUACAGAUAGUAAACAAACUCCAAGUAGAUUUAAACUUUUACUUGAGAACAGACAUAAAGGCACUUAUAAUAAAGAGCGAGCAACCACGUUUCCGUCGUUACUCGGUCACCAGACAUCGUUACAGUUGAUCCACCCGGUAUUAGUGAUACCAGCUCAUCAGAAACGUUCCUCGUCAUUCCCUAAACUCUCAAAUUUCUCACCUAUGCACAGCGAGCUGCCGUGUGAUGUACAUUUAUUAAAUUUACGAACUAUGCAAAAUCCGGACGACGGACCAGAUAGGCUGGUUCCUAAGAGUACGGCAGCCAUGUUUUUUCACAGACUGGGUAUAGAUUGUGGCUUCCCUAAUAAAGGAUUGAUGUGUAAAGGAGCGUCAGGGGAGGUUGUACUGGCAGGGAUGUUUAACGACAUAUUGACAAAUGUCGCUCAACAGGUGUCCUUGACCUUAAUGUACGAGGAACAUGAGUUAGACACAACAGAGUUACUGGACUUGGAACCCAUGGAAAUAGCAUCAUAUGUGGUGACUUUACAAUAGUGCUCAGUUUACUUUACAUGUACCAUUCCAAAACAGUCACUGUGAGAAACUUGUGAUGAUUUAAUACUGUGUUAUCAUGUUCUCUUCAUGUAAACAUGAGAGUAUAUGCUAUUAUUCUAUUACAAAGGGAAAAUCACUUGUGUGUAAUAUUAUAAGGGAAAUCACUAUUGCAUGAUAUCAUAAGGGGAACUCACACAAGAAUGAUAUAAGGGGAAAUCAGACUUGUGUGCUUUUAUAAGGGGAAAUCACUCUUGUGUGGUAUUAUAAAGGACAGUUCUUUAAACAUUCGCAUGCGUCUGUAUCAGACCAAGAAGGAUAGUUCUAAAAUUCAAUUAUUUAAUGUGUACUACAAACUUGUUCUGAGUUUGACCAGUUUGACAACAGCGCAAAUUUGAUAAUAUUUUGACCAUGAAUAAAUAAUGUAACAAUGUGGAAAACUUUAAAGAAUAGUUGUUGACAUAAGAUAUUCAAUUGUUGGGAAGAGAAGCGAUGCUUACUAGACCAUGAAGAACGGUGUCUUAACAUUUCUGAUUUCAUUAUUCAUUAUACAUUAAGGAUAGUCUUGAACAUUUUAUGAUUAUUGAUAGUUGUUUAUAAAACAUGAAUUGAUUGCUACAUGUAAGCAUGAGAGUAUAUGCUAUUAUUCUAUUACAAGGGGAAAUCACUCUUGUGUAAUAAUAUAAGGGGAAAUCACUCUUGUAUCACUCUUGUGAUAUUAUAAGGGGAAAUCACUCUUGAUUGUUGAUUGUUGCAAACAUGUGAUUUUAGGGAUGGCUAGUUAUUUCAUAGACCAUGAAGGAUAGUUGUGAACAUUUUGAUCUUGAAGGAUAGUUAUAAACAUGUGAUAAUUUGGCUAGGGUGGUUGAUAUUGCAGCAUUUUAGGAAUGUUUUAUGAUAAUCAGAGUUUAUAAUUUAUUUAUACUAAUUGAUAAUACAUGUAGUUAUCUAAUAGACCAUGAAGGAUAGUUGCAAACAUUUUGAUCUUGAAGGAUAGUUAUAAAACAUGUGAUAAUUUGGCUUAGUUGGUUGAGUGAGGCGUAAUUAAUUAACAAACUGUUUGUAAUUCCUGUGAGUAAACAGCGAUAUAUAAUUUAUAUUCCAUGUACCAUAGUUAUACACUGGACACAGUAUUGUGACAUUACAGGUACUUAAAUAUUUUGAGGGAAUUUUUCUUAUUUUUCUUUUUAAAAAAAAUUCUAUGAUUGUUUAUUAAUUCAU